CUUCAUCCCCGCAAAACAGCUCCUACCCAUUCUCGUGCUGAAGAUUCCGCCUCUUCAGAGCCAGAAAAAAAGACGGUGAACAUCUGGUUUUAUGAGUAUGAUAUACCGGAGAUUGUCAUCAAAUACCGCAACACUGAGGAAUUGCGUGAGGAACUUCAUCGUAAGCUGAAAGGGAUGAAAUUCUCUUUUGCUGAAGUUCAUCAGCCUGAUAUGGGCUACAGAAUUGCUACAGUUAAGAAUGCCGAUGAUUUGUUCGCUAUGAUGGAAACUGAUCCAGGCAGUGUCUCUCAUUUGAAACUAUGGUAUGUCCCACAUGAUGAGCAAGAUACAAAGAACAGAAAGAAGCCUGUUGACUUAAGUAAUAAGCUAAGAUCGCGUUCUCCCUCACCCAUUCGCAGACGACACUGUUCUGGAAUUAACCAUGUCGUAGACAAUGCUCACAUCCAUCUCACUGCGAUGCCACAUGUAUCUCAACCUGCUUCAACUCCUGGUAUCCUUGGAUAA